AUGGAUGCUCGGUUGCAGAACUUAACAGCUUAUGUGAGGAGAUUCUGGGUAGGUGUGAUUGGCGUGGAGUCAUUGUCUACUUUUGGUUGCGCCAGGAGGACCAACAAUGACCUCGAGUCAAUCCACGCCAAACUUCUUUGUGCGUUUGGCGUGAAUCUCGACAUAUGGAGCUUCAUAAGAAGGCUCCAGACAAUAGAGAGAACCUCCUAUGACAAUCUUAUUAGAGUACAUAGAGACAUUGCGGUCAACCGACCGAAAGAAGACAAAGUUACUCGCGAUGUCAAGAAGGCGAAGAUGUCGAAGUGGCUCAUGGUGCCGACAACAUUGUCAAUAGGCCACUGCCUCAGAAUGAGUGGUUCCUUCUUGACAUCGCUGGAGAGGAAGAAGUAAUGUGAGAAGGUUGACCGUAUCUCCAGAAGAGGUUGUAAAUAUUAGGUACCUAGAUAGGAAAUAUUAUUAGGAUAGAUCUGUAAAUAUUAAUGUAUUAAUAUAUAAAUAAAUUGCAACUUGAAAAUU